AUGUUGUCGCUCAUCUUCAUGGUGCUGUUCGUGCACAUCGCGAUCUACCUCGUCAACACGAUCGGCGCAUCUACGAUCGACAGCUUGCUAUGGCUCCUCUACCUUAAACUCCCGACCUCGACCUCGCAGAACGCGCGCGAACAACAGCGCAUGAAGCGCGAAGUCCUCCAACUCAAGCGCGAGAUGAACAACACCAGUUCCCAAGACGAGUUCGCCAAGUGGGCCAAGCUCCGAAGACGACACGAUAAGAGCAUGGAAGAAUACGAAGCGAUGAACAAAUUGAUCUCAUCUCAAAAAACCUCCUUCGACUGGAGCGUCAAAACCGCCCGCUGGCUCAGCACAAACGGCCUCAAGAUCUUCCUCCAAUUCUGGUACUCCAAGACCCCCGUCUUCGCCCUCCCCGCCGGCUGGUUCCCCUACUACGUCGAAUGGAUUCUGUCAUUCCCGCGGGUACCGCUCGGCUACGUGAGCAUCCAGGUUUGGAGCAAUGUAUGUGCGACAGCGAUUGGAGUUGUCGGCGACAUUCUCGGCGCGUGUCUUGUGUGCGUGCUUGGAUCGGGGGCGCAGGCAUCGGAGCCUGUGCCUGUCCCAACUGGCGAGGGGAAGAAGGCGCAGUGA